CUUGUCGAGAGAUGUCACAGGAGCGUUUCAUUAAAUCUUCUAGUACAGAAUCGCAGGUGAGUGACAAUGUAAGGAGAGAACUGGAGCAAGAAAAGAUCUAGAUCAUAAUGUACCUGCUUCAGGACCCCACGCAUGAGGAUUAGUUAUUUUUUGUGGCCAUUUUAGUAACGGAAUCGGAAAAGGAGCGUCUUCUCGUCCUUUCCACUACUAGAAGGAGAAGGGAGCCGCGCCUCUGGUGUUCUGUGUCAGUUCUGACUUGGACGAAUAGGUUCACAGGUAUGGCGGACGACGACGUGGCACCUGACAUGCGCGCAAUCGAUGAGCCAAGCCCACGCUCGAGCCCUCGUCGGGUGUUUUGGACAGGAGGGCAACAAAGUCGUUUGAAGCACAAGCUCGCCCGAUCAGGCCAACGAGUUUCUCGUCGUGAGCAUGCAUCAACCGCGCGACCGUCUUCAGCGCCGGUAACCCGGACGACUUCUUCGAUCAACGUCAGACCAAUAUCUGGUUCCGGUCGCCGAUCCUCAGGCUGCGUUACAGCGCGCAAUCGAGCUAGGAACAGUAACCCGCUGUUGGAGGCUGUGGAUGAGGAAAACAGCUUCAUUGAGGAAAUACGUCCGGCGACCGCAACCACUGACGCCCCCUCGGUUUCGGAGUCAUACAGUCGCCCCUCGUCGGCAGCCACACACGCAUUUUUCGGAGGAGGCUCCGCCGGAACAAGGCCGGGUAGCGCGACGUCGACAGCAGCGAGCUGGGUUUACAGUGCGAGCAGCCCGGCAAAUGGUGACUCUGAUUCCAUCGCGACUCCGGCACGCAACUUGCGCCUGCCACUCGACUUUGCGGGUAGCAGUCCGGAGUGCAGUCAGGACGUGUUGGAAGAUUUUUCUUCCAUAGAGGACGCAUCUUUAGGAUCCACGUUUGCCGCGAAAAAUGGGUUCGUCAGCUCCUGCACCUACUCGUCGGACGGUUUCGCCUUCGCCGGACAGUUUCUCUUCUACAACAAAAGUAGCGACGAAGAGGAGUGCAGCCCAGUCGAUAGUCUUCACGGAAAUUACCGACAGGGUAAUGCGGCUACGAUCGAGGAGGAGGGGGAAGAGAAAAAGAAGAAAACUUCCGCCUUCGACCCCGCCUCGUUGCUCCCCGAGUCCAUCGUGGAAAGAACCAAGUUCUGCCCAAGCCGAAAGCAACACCUGUGGCCGGCUUCAGUCUACAGUACCAUAUCCCGCCCGCGGCCGAAAUCCGCGGCCGCCAGUAUGUGCGCCGCGCGGCGCGAGCGGCGAGAGACCGUGAGGAAUUACCGUGCCGGUCUGAAUGAGAAGACGCGGUAUCGGGUACGGGAGCAUGUGUUCUAUUCCGAUAUCCAGAACGCUGCGUGGGACAUGCCCCCAAAAUGGUCGUUGGGGAGUCGGCGCGACGUGAAUGCUGGCAAAGCACCCGACACCUACCGCGACAGCUGUGACCGACCAGCAACCCCGGUUCGGUACGGCUACUCCAGAAAACACGGCGGGCACCAGAAGAAGCCGUCGCAAUUUUCCGUCGGGUAACAUCAUGGAUUGCAAGCUUGUAGUGAACAAAGUUACUGAGUGUGAGUACUAGUUCUACUUAGUUGAAUUUGUCAGCACAUGAGGCUGGAUGCAGAAAAAAAUAUGGGUAAAUUAAUUUUUAAAAAAAUGCAAAAAUAUCAGGGCUCUUCGUCCGGACCCAGAUCCGCCGUCCGAGGGCGAACCCGGUCCGGGUCAUUACUACAAGAAUCGCCUGCGUUGGCCGUCGGAGCCGGCCAUCAUCUCGCCUAGCUUCGAAGCCAGCGACCGCUUCCCGGAGUUCGUGGAGCAGCCGUGGAACAAGAAGCCGCCCCCCGGCUACUACGGCUACCCGGACGUGAAGCCGAAUCCUGUGCACCCGCGAUUUCCCGGAUUUUUGCUGAAAUCCCGGACCGAGCUACCCAAGGGAUCGGCCAGCGAUUGGCUCAACCCCGCCCCCGGUCACUACGACCUUCCGGUGCGGCGGGCCGAUCCAACCAAGCCGCGCCAGCCGGAGUUCAAUAUUUCGGCAACGUUGGACAACGAAUACCAAAAGUUCCUCGCCGACAACGCCGCGGCGCCCGGGCCCGGAUCCUACGAGAUUCCGUUCGCACUUGGCCUGACGCACCCGACGAUACCGUUAACGAGUCGCGCAAAGGUCUUGUGCCCGGUCCACACGCCGCGGGUGCGAGACUAGUUUUGAAGCACACAACGAACGCCCCAUGCUACCCACCUGCUGUACUACACUUGAGAACUACUCACAUGAUAGAGAAUUGCCUUCUUACGUGUACCAGUAGAUGAAUGUAAAUGUUGUCGAUGGUCGAAGAUAACGCUCUUACCUGAGUUGUAACUAAGAAAUCCUAUCCAAAAUAAAUGUGCAUACCCGUGUAGUUGCCCAUGUAAGAAUUUUCAGACUUGAGCCCUCACUAGUUUCUCGUUUGUCUGUACUAGAUCUCGUGGCUGGUGCAUAAUGAAUACCCGUGCUUUUGAAGAACUGAGAACUUUUCAUCUGUUUCGUGCGACGAGCAGCUUUUCUAGCAUAAGCACUGCGCUUGGUUUCUUUUCG